AUGAGUAAAGCUGAUAUAUUGCGUCAAAUAGAAGAAAUUGGGCAGUCUCUUACAGAAUUCCAUCUAAAACCAUUGAAUGAAAGUGAAUGUGAUCAAUAUCAUCAGUUAUUAGAAGGUAAUAAAGAAUUAACAGAAAAUUCAAACUUACAAGAAUUAUCCUCAUUGUUCAAUGAGAGAAUCAAUCAUCUAAGGAACGGUAAUAAUCACCACAAUAAUACAUUUAUCUACAGAAAUAGAUUAACAUUCUUUGGAUUACUCAUCAUAACUUGUUGCAUAAUCUUUCCAGCAAUAUUUUUCGUAUGCUAUACAGCAUUACACUGUCAAAUCAAACAAGACGGCUUAAAUGAAACAACUCUGACAACAAACAGAUUCAUUUCAGAUGAAUCGAGUUAUUAUAUUUUGAAUAAUAAUACCAAUUUGCUGGAUUCACUUCAUACAUUAACUUUUCCAUCAGCUUCUUCUCCUUCAACUAAUGAUACUAUAUUAAACAGUUCCCUUUUAAAUAUUUCAAAAAUUGAAACAUUGAACCAGUCGAAUUUUAGCUCAGUAAAACAAAAUCCAGUGAAUUUAGAUUUUGGUAUUUUUGAUGAACCAAGUGAAAAAGAAUAUGAAAAUGUUAUUAGAUUUCUAAAAUUAAAAUUCAAUAACUUUUAUGCAUAUACCAAAGGCAAUCAAGAUAUCUCUUUAGAUAAUAAAUCAUGGUCUGAACAGUUUCGUAUGAAUAUUCUAUGGAGUUUAAGUUUACACAUACCCGACAAGAAAGAACGUACAGCAUACUUCAACAGAUUAUUAUCAUUCAAGAAACAGAAUAAAACGCAUGCUGACUUCAAAAGAUACGGGAUAGUAAUCAUUUUGUGUGGUUCAUGCAAAAGGAUCCCUCAGAUAAGAGAGUAUUUAAUUGGUCCAUUAAGUCGACCAAUCAAAUUGAAACUUUUAAAUAUUUAUCCAUUUUAUAAACGACCUUUAACAAAUAUUGAAUAUAACGCCAUAUUGGAUUUUUUGUCAAUUCAAACAAAUCGAAUUGAUCAUAUUAUACAAGAGGCAUAUUCAGCAAGUUAUUUUAUGCAAUAUCCAUUAAAAAAUAAUUUUUGGCUAUUGAAGAAUAAUAAAUCAAUUAAUGAAGGUAAAUCACUUUGUCAAAAGCAAAACUACAAGAAUAUUGGAAAUGUGAAUGGAAGACCGAAUUGUCUGAUUCCAACGUUUGCUUCACCUUUAGUAACAAAUCAAACACCUGGAAGGCGAUGCAUUUGGAUACGACUAUCCAGAGAGGUAGCACCUUUCAUACAGUAUCCUGUAGAUAUACAGUUUUAUAUUGAUCUUACAUCCUUGAAUCCAAAUGAAUGGAGUUUAUUACGUGUUUGGUUUCAAGGUCAUCUGUUUUCAUCCCUUGAAGAUCUAAUCAAUAAAUACCAGUUAGGUGAAUUGAAAAUCAUUCAUCGACAAUUUAUCGAUAUGUAUCCUAAUCAAUUAAAACCUGAUCCACAGCAGUACAAAUCAUCUAAAACUGGAUCUGACAGAAGUUCACAGAAAUCAACACCUCCGCAUCAAAUGAUAAGUCGUAUUCGUAUAAAUAAACGUCGAAUACAAUAUGAGAAAUGGGAUUUUCAUGUAACACUGAGACGAGAUACAGGCAUUCGACUCUUUGGUGUAUAUUAUGCAAAUGUUAGUUUAUUCUCUGAAGCUGGACUAGAUGAAACUGUAACCGCCUACUGGGGUAGAUCACCGUUUAUGCAAACAAUGACUUCAUUGGAAUCUAUGUAUGGUAUAGGCGGUAUGACUUCAGAACUUAGCCCAGGUUUAGAUUGUCCUCACAAUGCUAUCUACCUACCUGUCCAAUUGAUUCCAUCCGGUGAAACUGGAGCCAAAUUGAUUAAAAAUGCAAUCUGCUUGUUUGAAUGGAAGGCGGGCCCUUAUGGUGGUCCAGUGAGAAGACAUUUUGAAUUCGCCACAGACAGUGAUGUAGAGAAUCAAAAUACACCAGGAAAUCCAGAUCAAAGAUCAUCAAAGAAAUCAAAACAUACUAAUUUUGGUUUUGGUACUGUUGGUCAUUCACUUGUUCUACGAUCGAUAUCAAGUUUAUAUAAUUAUGAUUAUUUAUUUGAUAUAAUCUUUUAUCCAACAGGAACCAUUGAAUUCUCUGUUACACCGACAGGUUUUAUCCACGUUGAUGAACAACUCGUAUAUGGAGGUAGUAGCAGUCCACAGGCGGUAAAAUAUGGUUUCUCGUCAUCAAUUAAUCCAAUCUACUUUGUCCUUCAUCAUCAUCUGUUUCACUUUAAGAUUGAUGUAGAUAUUGUCACCAGUCAGAAUUUCAUAAAAGUUAUUUCAAUUCAUGGAUCAUUAACAGAUAAUAAUCAAACUACUCUACAUACUACUGAUAUACGUGACAGUAGUAACUAUUUAAGUAGCCUAAAUCACUCAGAAUUAUUAUGGAUGUCUAUAGAUAUACCAAAAAAUGAAUUAUCUGCAAGAUAUACAACAAAAUUUGAAUUACCCAGACAAUAUUUAAUCUGUUCAAUGCAAAAUUCAACACUGCAGAGUGAAGUGAAUAAAACAAAAAAUGAUCAAUGUUUAAUGAUUAUGAAUAAAGGACAAAUUAAAACAAUUUUUAAUGAUGAUUAUACAAAAUCAUUUGCAUGGUCAAGGCAUCAACUUUAUGUCACACAACAGCAUGAUAAUGAAUCAUUUGCAUCAUCGAUUUUCAAUGGAGUCGAUUUAACCUCACCAGUUGUUGAUUUCACAAAAUUCAGUUCAAAUAAUGAGUCAAUAUUCAAUGAAGAUCUUGUAUUAUGGUUAACAGUUGGUAAUUAUCAUAUACCAAGACACGAAGAUUUACCGAAUACAGUAACCAGUGGUGGACCAAUGUCAAUAUUUCUAAUGCCACAUAAUCUAUUCACCUAUAGUCCAGAUGCUUUCAGUUGUCAUCGAUUCUAUACUCAAGAGCUAGAUGAAUGGAUUGAAGGACCUCAAAUGAAAGACAACUGUCAAAUGGAGUCGAUUCCAGUAUUCUAA